AUGGAGGAUCGCGUUCGCGUAGUGUUGAGAUUGGCAGCUGGGAAUUGGAGCGUUCUUCUAUGCGAUCGUGUAAGAACAGAAGACUGCAGACAAUUAAAAGAAGAGGUGGCCUGGCUGUUCAACAACGGACAUCUCCGAGAGUUCCUGAGUGAUCGGGCCAAGAACCACUUCAGGAAUAGGGAUUCUAACAAGCAGGAUGAGCAGGAGGAACCUCUGCACGUCAUUAACAUGAUCAACGGUGGGGUCGACAUUCCCCAAAGGCCAAUGCUGAAGCACACCAAACUAUCCAUCACAAGGGAAAAAUGGACUCGGGAUUAUGUACCGGAAGGAACCUUGUCUUUCAACGACAAAGAUGCUAAGGGGAUCGUGCAGCCCCACAAUGAUGCACUGAACGUACCUGCGGACCGAGUCCUGAACGGGUUCAACAGGGCAUGCAAGACCACUAAAGGGGAGAUAGUAUUACCGGUGAACAUCGCUGGAACCGUACAGGAAGCCAAGUUCUAUGUAAUCGAAGGGGAUAUGAGAUACAACACUUUUUUUGGGAGUCCGUGGAUUCACAACAAGAAAGAAAUACCCUCGACACUGCACAAGGUGCUAAAAUUCCCGAUACCCGGAGGAAUCAAAAUAGUUUAUGGGGAACAACCGGCCGCCAAGGAGAUGUUUGCGGUCGAUGAGGUGACCCUGACAUCCACACUCUCAACAUUGGAGGAUCCAAAUCGAUUGGUCAAAGAUGGGGCCACAUAG